AACAACAAUUAAUACGUGGCUUUGUAUUAAUGGAUGAUGUCAAAUUAAUCCUUUAUAAUCAUAUACAAGAUACCAUGUAAUAAAAAAUGUGGCUCAUCUUGACUCCUUGUUUCCUGUCUCAAGUCAUACCAAUAACCGCAUUUACUGCUCCUGUUAGUUGGGAUGUGUCACCAAAACAAGUCGAGUUUGGUAAGAAUGUUACCUUGACGUGUACUGUCCACACGACUUCAAUUUUACAAGAUCGUCAUAUUCCGCAGUGGGGAGUGAAAGGUCUGACAGAGUUCAUAUGCCAUAAAGACUGUUCCCCAGAGACUGACAAGUAUAGCCCAACGAUUCAAUAUCACGCCUCGACAUUUGCCUUGGUUAUUCAUAACUUCAGUGAGACUGAUUUAAAUGUGAAAUACUGGUGUUCUUAUGGAUUACAUAAAAUGACCACAAACCUGACUACAGACCUUAUUUCCAUUUUAAAAAUGCCAGCACAAAAUUCCAUUAUUGACAAUACUGCAGUAGAUUUUAAGGGAAGAUUACAUAUAAACAUUACAGUUGCAGAAGUGUAUCCUGUACCAUUGUGCUCGGUUAACAUUACAAAGUUAAAAGGACAGAUUAUAUCUGAAGUUACACUUAAUGCAACGGUUUUUGAUAUUAAUAAAUUUCAAAAGAAAGUAGAAGUGGUGGGUGUCGUUGACUGCGGACUAGAAAAAUAUGAAAGACAUAUUAAGAUUGAUUGUUGCAUAAAUAGCACACUAAAAAACUUGCUGAAACGAAACUUCACUCUUUGUCAAGAGUUACAUGCAAUUGAAUCCUCAGCUCCAUUCGAAGUCGUCACUAUAGUUGUCGCUAGUGUUUUAACACUGCUGAGUUUGGUGUUAUUAAUAUCAUUGGUCAUACACUACAGAAACAGAUUUCGUGGAUAUUUUGCUGUUAAGAAUACAAACAAUAAGAAAACUGUCAACUACGUAUUUCAAAAAGAAUAACUUGACAAUAAUAGUUGGGUGUAAGGAUUUACAGGUUUAUAUUUUACACGUAAAUGAUUAUUUAACACCGAUUGACUAAUCACUUUUUUCAAUUUCAUACUUGUAUUUGUAUAAAACACUUUUGGUAUCAUUUACUAACAUAGACCCCGUCACUGCUUUUUUUUUAAUUUCAUAACAUUGAAAAAAAUCUAUGCAUGUACAAACAAUAACUCUAAAAAAUUAUUACAUAUAUGUAAUAACAAAAUCCGUAUGGUAUAUUAAAAAAAUUUGACAGAAGCAAACGCUAGACUAUAUAUAAUUAAGAAAUGAGGUUUGAUUGCCAAUCCACCAACUUUUAAAUAAAUUGAAUGUAAGGAAUUAUAGGCAAUCGUACGACCUUCAACAAUAAAAAAAACUUAUAUAUAUAUAUAUAUAUAUGGUCAAUCGUAAAAAUGAUUUUUUCCGGAGGAAGAAAAAAGAAUUAUUCAUAAUUAUUCUCAACCCGGGAUUAAAUGAUAAAUAAUAUUCUUAUUUUAAUGUUACAUUUUAAAGACUAAAAAUGACAUUAGUAGUCUCCCUUGUAUUUGUUAACGUCAUGCUAUUGUUAACGUCAAUCAAUCGUUUUAUAUACAAGUCACAUUACCUGAAGAUCUGUGAAAGCAGUAUAAGUACACCGUUAUUAUCUUUUAUAAUUUUCUUAUAUAUAUAUAUGUAUCAACUUUUACAGAACUUUCCUAUGAUUAUGAUAUAAAAUUGGAACUAUUUUUUUCAACGUUUAGAAUGUAUUUACUAUUCCUUAGUAUUCCUUACUCUGUUGUAGUAAAAUUAUCAAACAGUUAGUGUUAAUUUAUUUAGACAUCAAUAACUUUGUUGAUUUUUAAUGAAAGAAACUUUUACAUAUUCUAGAAAUAUCAUCUGAUGAAAAAAAAACUGUAAAUACUGAUACCAGGACUACGCAUUUGGAAGUCAACAUCACACUACAAAUGACGUCAACUACUUUCCAUGUCACGUACUUCUUAAUACAUAAAAAAUAUGACAUCGCAAGAUUAUUUCGUUUCACGAAAACACGACACAAGACUCCCCCAUAAUUUAGGGGUUUAAUAUUUGUCUCUAACUGUUUGGACUUGUGUUGCUUUCAUUCCUUUGAGAUAUUGUUUGUUUGGUUUUCUUUCAUUUUAAACAACCCCGCAUUUGUAAUGUUUUAUAAAUGAAUAGUACUAUAAAAAACAUAUCAUGUUGAAAGUAAAAGUCAUCCAUUACACCUUAACAUAAGUAUUUUUGAAUUUGUAUGAAGUAUCAAAAUUGAAAACGUGUGUAGUUUAUAACCUAAAUAUUUGUUGUGAUUAUUUUGUAAUUAAUUUAGUUGUAUGACAACAGGGCAUCUUAGUUUGCAAAAGAGAGAGAGAGAGAGAGAGAGAGAGAGAGAGAGAGAGACAAUUGUUCUUGUGAUUAUUUUGUUAUUAAUUUAGUUGCAUGGCAACAGGGCAGCUAAGUUUGAGAAGAGAAAAAGAGAGAGAGAGAGAGAGAGAGAGGGAGAGAGAGAUUGUUGUUGCGAUUAUGUUGUUAUUAAUUUAGUUGCAUGGCAACAGGGCAGCUAAGUUUGAGAGAGAGAAAGAGAUAGAGAUAGAGAGAGAGAAAUUGUUGUUGUAAUUACGAUUAUGUUGUUAUUAAUUAAAAUGCAUGACAACAUGGUAGCUAAGUUUGAGAGAGAGAGAGAGAGAGAGAGAGAGAGAAAUUUGUUCUAGUAGAUAGUUAUAGAAAGAUGUGAGGAAUUAGAUAAUCAGGAUUUUUUUACCACACACAAAAUGUGUUUUUCUUCUACAUGUGUGGAUUUAGAUUUAUUUUUAUUUUUUUUUAUUUUUGCAGUUUUGAACAAUAAAACAUCUUUUGCUUUUA